AUGAAUUCCAUCACCUAUGCUUUUAUACUUUUCGGGCUUUCGGCGAUCAGCCCCACCAAGGGCGUGAUCAGGAAACAGAGAGAGGCAGAAUACGGUAAGUCAGAGGUCUCUGUCAUUAUCUAUGGGAUGUCUUUCAGAAAACAGUGAGGGUCAGUUAAAUGCAUUCAAAACCGACAGUCAGAAGACGGGCUCGGCGUUCGGCCCUUCCGCUUCAGGCUUCGGCUCCUUAUCAAACGCUUAUUGGAGCGCGUACGGUAAUCAGGACGGUCAGCCAGACAUGCAGCUCUGGCAGGGACCGGUCGGAUCGGCCAAUUCGGCUCAACCAACUGGCCAAGACUCCGGCUACGGCCAAGGCUACGGAGCAAUACCCGGAACUGGUGCCGUUGGAACUCCCAACUCGCCGUACGCCGGCUACUUAGAGAAGCAGAUCAGUAGCUACCCUGUGAUGAUCUACACACUCAAUGAAUGUGUUCCUUGCCAACGUGCCAAGCACCUGUUGGCAGUCCACUACCCUGACGUCCGUGCUCACUUCCUCGAACUGUCUGGAAAUGAAGCGUGGCAGCAACAGCUCCAAGUUGAUCUACAGUACUUGACCGGAGCCAUUACCUUCCCUUACAUCUUCGUAUGUGGACAGUACAUCGGCGGAGCGUCAGAUCUGUUCGAGAUGCACGAGAACGGUCAGCUGAGAAGAAUGGUGAACCAGUGCAUAAAGACGGCCACCCCCAAACCAUAA